CUGUGAGUUGCGCUGUAAAGGAAGCGAAGUGAAGUGGGAGAAAUAUAAUAAUAGUUCUGAUUCCUGGGUUAAUAACUUCGAAAUCGAAGAAUUGCAAGGUGCGUCGCGAGUGAAUUGAGUGAAAAUGGCUUUCUACAACCCCUUCUCCAAACAUGAAACCCACCAUCGAAAUACAUUAAUCGCCUACCAGGUGCUUUCGGUGCUGUCCUGGGCAUUGGUAGUGGUUGCUGGCAUCUACUACUCGAUUCACAGUGCCAGUGACACCAAGCAUAGCCACAACAUCUGGAAACAAGCAGACAAGCACCCCACUGCGUUCUCGCAGAACAACGUCAUCACUGGAAUUUACUGGAUCAUCUUGCUGCUGUCUCAGGUCAGCUAUGUCUGGCACUUCUUCUCCAAAAGCACCGUGCUGGUCACUUCCGCCGCCAAUGUCGCACCGCAUUUCAUCUUGAGCAACCUGCUCAUUUUUGCGUUUAUCAUGCUCUGGGUUCGCAACCACUUCUGGCCCGCUGAGAUUAUUCUCAUUGUGCAUGUGCUCAGCCAGUCGUCCGCGUACUGGACUCAUCUCGGAUCGCCGCCAUUCGUCCACUGGCCUGCCAUCGCCGGUCCCUACGCCUGGGCUCUGACUGCUCUAUUCUGGAACGGCGCUGUUGCAGUGCACGCGCACAACUUACCCUCACGUAUCGUCGCGAAUGUGUUUAUCUGGGUUAUUUUCUUGAUCGGCUGGGUUCACAUUUUCGCUGCCAAGGACUAUAUUUUCGGGUAUUCUCUGAGUAUCUUGACUCUCUCCCUCGCCGUCAAGCAGCUCGCCAUCAAAGUCAUUGCCCUGCAGUGGAUCUUCGCCUUUGUCAUCUUCGCUGUGUUCUUUGUCGGUUCGCUGUACAUUUCGUCAGCGGCCUACUCUGGGCGAAACCUCUGGCUCAAGCGCAUCGUGGCUCCCGAGUCGUCGAAUGACCGUGAGCGCGAGCCUCUUCUCAACAACCCUUAACAUAGCAAUACAAAUUAUACGACACCAACGGAUACUCCGACAGCGGUCUCAGUUUGUUUCAACUAGAGCUGUCACAGCUAUCCUAAAUUCUGUCCAACGCCGCAAUGUUGUUCAUAUGACCGUUACGGUCAUCGCCUGUUUGUUUGAGAGAACGGUGGAGAAAAGGCUCAAGUGCUGUGGAUGUUAGAGUCGCAACUGAUUAUCGUUAGUUAUUGGUUAAUUUUUGCUUAUUAAUACAACCUGUGCAUCAAAUGUUACUAUUAGUUCUAGCCUUAGGUUGGCUGUCGUUACUUUGUCCUGGUCGAUCGAUACUCAAAUCAAUCCAUUGAAUGGUAUUAAUUAUUAAUUAUAUAAAGAUCUUCGAACAUAUAUAUGAAUACAUGGAGUAUGAAUGCCA